GCACUGGACAUCAUUGGUCUGAUGCAGAAUCAAUAACCUGCUCCAGUUACUGCAAAAAAGUUCCUUUUUUUUCUGCCUGGCAAUUUUAGCUGAGGCUCUAUCGAUUUUCUUAUUGGACCGAAUAUUUAACCCAUGCCCAGCUACAGUAUGACAAGCACUUGAUUCUUAAUUUGAUAUUUUCUACUAUAUCGGCAGAACUGGAGUAAAGACUCAGCUGACUAUUUUAUACAAUGUCAUAAUGUAUCACAUUGUGUUGCUGCUGUUCAGCCUCGGUGUGUGUGCAGUACAUUGUGCGGGCAGCCACACUCUCCAGUAUCACAUAGCGCUGGUAGCCACCCCAACCCCGGGUGUGCCACAGAGCACAAUCACUGCAUAUCUAGAUGGCUUGGAGUAUGGAAGGUACGACAGUAACACUCGCCGGGCAAGGUUUUUGACUCCAUCACUGAGUUCUCUGACUGAGCACCUGGAGAUGCAGACUAAGUACGCUCAGGGGUUUGAGGUUAUUCAGAAGCACAAGAUGGAAUUUUUAAUGGGGUAUUUAAACAAAACAAAUGAUAAAAGAGAGUUCCAUGUCUACCAGAGGAAGUUUGCCUGUGAGCUUCAUGAAGAUGGUACUGUUAGUGGAUAUGAGGAAAUUGCAUAUGAUGGCAAGGAGGUUAUGAUGUUUGAUAAAGUCAGGGUGGUGUAUGUGCCUGCAACGCAAGAGGUUCUGACUAUGACCCAGCAAUGGAAUCGGCAUUACGAUCACGCAAAGAUAAAUAAAAUCUACAUGGAGAAUGAAUGUAUUCAACAUAUGAAGUUGUAUCUUCCUUAUAUAUCAGUUUACUUGGAGAGGAAAGUUCAACCUAAAGUGAAGAUUUCCAGUUCAGAAUCAGAUGGGGAAAGAAUACUGCACUGCUGGGCGUAUGGAUUCUACCCCCGAGAUGUGGAAGUGAAAUGGAUAAAGAAUGGGAGAGAUGAGAUUUACUCAGAGGAGGCAACACAGAUCCUGCCAAACCCUGAUGGCACCUAUCAGAUCAGAGUCAGUGUGGAGGUAACACCAGAGGAGGGCGCCACUUACUCCUGCCAUGUGGAUCACAGCAGUUUGGAGAAGACACUGGUGGUUCCUUUUGAAUUCAACAAUAUAAGCACGUUUUAUAUUGUGAUCGCUGUUGUGGCAGCUCUCUUCCUCGUUCCUGUUUCCCUGGGAAUAUUUGUUUGUAGGAAAAGAAGAGCAAAAGGUAUUUACUUUAAUUUUCUCUUUUCAAUUAGAAAUGAUAAUGUAAAAUGUAGUGAAGGAAUCUCUUGUAGUCCUCUUGUAGUUGUAGCUUGAUAACAAUAUUUGCAAGAUAAGACACCACAUACUUAUUGAAACAAAGUCACAAAGGCCACCAAAACCAGCUUGUAAUUACUGUAUAAGAAACAGCGCGUAUAUCCUGGAUUAUGUCCUGCCUUUAAUUGCUUCCACCAAUUUAGGGUGCACAAACUGUUGUGAGGUAGUGUGGUUCACCGAGUGUUGAACCUAGCGGGGGAGAUACAGUAUCUUAGUUCUUAAAAUCACAAAGACGAAGAGGCCUACAAAUAGUAAAGGAAGUAGUAAAAGUAGUUGAAACAUUUAAAAAGUGUAUAUUAGGACAUGUAUAGUCUAACGCAUUUCGUGCCAAAUGGGCACUUACUCAUUGGCUAAUGAUUCCACCCCUGUACAAGCUUUUUAUAGGGGUGAUGACCAAUUAGAAAAGCCUUCUCCAAUAAGAAUAAUACAAUCAAACAAAACCUUAUCCAGUAAGA